GAGGCGGCUUCCGGCCGGGGCUGCCCGAGUCACCGCGCUCGCCCUGUUACCGGGGUGAGUGACGGGCGGCCUCGGGCAGAGCCAGCGGGAAAGAGAAAAAUUCGGGGAAAAGAGGGUGUGUAGGGAAACACCCCCCGACCCUCCUCCUCCUGCUGCCUUCUUCUAUUCCCACCGCCUGGCUUGGGGGGCCGUGACGAGCCGAGCUCGGGUCCGGCUUCUGUGACCUUCCGCUCACCGUGCAUCGGCCCCUGGGCUUCCGAAGCGCUUUGGAAGGGCAGCUCUGAGCGGGAUCAGGGGUGUCUCCGUUGUGGCUGCCGUGGAAAUUUUCUCAGAUUCUUGUCCUUGUGCUACUAAGAUCAUCUCUAACUAAAGAUGCAUCCAGACCUGUCUCCUCAUCUGCACACUGAAGAGUGUAACCUAAUUAUCAGUCUGCUCAAGAAAUGUCACAAGGAGCACAAUGUUUUGAAGUUUUUUGGUCAUUGCAAUGAUAUUGACCGUGAGAUGCGGAAGUGCUUAAAAAAAGAGUAUGAAGAAAACAGGCUUAGAAACCGGGAGAAACGACAGAGGAUAAUUAAUGCUCACAAAGCCUCAGAGAAGUGAGCUGUGCUGUGGCUGGACAGCUGCAGCUCCAUAGGGACAUUCACUUGGAAGCUGACAGAAUACUUGUGUUUCAUCACCAAUGUCAAGCCUCUGGUUUGUGAAAUGGUGACAAAAUAAAUGCAUCACUCACAACCUAACUUAAUUUUUGACCUCUAAAAGAAAACUACUGUGGCAAGUCUUUGUUCUGGCACAGUUUUAUGAUUAUUAAGUAAUGAGGAAUCGGUGUGUGUGAGGUACUAUAUAUUCAAGGCUGCUGUGUUCCCACUUUACUGAGUUGCAUUUAUUUCCUUGUGUUUAGCAGUUUCUCUUACAUAUCUUGGGUUUUGUAGGGUUUUUUUGUUUGUUUUUCAUUGCAAAACACUAAAUUACUUUUUCCAUCACUUUUUGUAGUGUUGUGAUAACACUUAGUAAAUGGAUUAGGAAAAGGAAAUUUUAAACAGAUGUGGAUUGAAAUUGGAAAUUGCCUAUCAAGGAAUAAUUGGAGUUCUAGUAUUUUUAUUGGAGCUAAAAGGAUGAAGCUACUGUCUUCAGCUGAGAAGAUUACAAAUCCUCCCUGCCAACCAUAUGAACAGUGUAGACUGCUGUAAGACAAUUUGUUCAUCACACCCAAAGCAUGCGGCUUUAGAAAUCCAGAAUGGAACAUUUCCAGGGAUUUACAAAGCUUCGCCUUGAUUUUUGUUGAGUACAGUCAAUGUGUGCUGAGUGAUUUUUGAAGAGGAGUGCUGCCAAAAAUACAAGCUAAAGUUCUUCCAUUUUCUCUGGUACAAAGGUAAAGUUAUGACUAUUGAGGUUGAAGCAAAGCUGACACUGAAGUGCAAGAAAAGUGUAACUUUUGAGGCAAGUCAAUAUGUAUUGUGUUACCAAGUUGCCUUGUUAGCCUAUAAAAGGUGUUUAUUUGCCAUCAAACUGCUGAAAGCCCAGAACAAGUCUCCGAAUUCAGAAGAUUUGAUAUCAAAACAUACACUGGUUUGUACAGUGAUGGAGCUGCUUCUCUGUGUGCCUGCUGGAUUCACCUUUUAAAUAAUGCCUCUGUUCUACCUAGCAGCAAAAUACUUUUUUAAAAAAUAAAUUUUGUUGAGCCAAAUACACAAAGUGUCUAGAAACCUUUUGAAAAAAAGGUGUCUAUUCUACAGUGAAUUACAUGGUUUGUUGUAAGAACCAUUGUUGAUACUCAGUCUUGGAAUUGGUACAUGCCCCUAUUUUUGGAAUAAAACUGUGUUUUGUGAUCUGUUUUGAAAGGUGAAUUAGAUAGAAUAAUUUUACUUAUUUUUCAAUACCUGGAUGGACCCAAUUAAAUCAGUAAAACUUAACCACAAAUGUUUUCAAUGAAAGCUCCAAGCAAAGCUGAAGCAAUUGUUUCUGCAUCUUGACAUGCUGUUUGUCUUUUGGAACAAGUAAAUGAUGCACUGUUUGAAUUCAUACUUGAAUGGUUGGAAGUGGUGCACUCUUUAUUGGUACUUUCGGAGUAUUUUCGGAGUACUUUGUAGUGAACUCCCCUAUCUGGGAACUCUGCAUCCAUGAUACUUCUUCCAUUUGAGAGGACACAACCUACUUCAGGCAAGCUCUUAAAUAGGAUUGUAGCCUUUAAGUAAAUAAAUAAAUUGAGAAUUGUUCUAGAGAUUAGGUUGAGAACCUGAUAUCUGAGUGCAGAAGCACUGAAGCUUUUGUUUCUUUAAUCAGCUUCUGUGAGUCCCGAUCUUUCACACAGCAACAAAAUAAGAAACCAAGAGCCACUUAACACAGCUCAUUAGUCACAAUCAUGUUUGCAAAGAUCAAUGUGCUUAGUGAAUGAAAGACCAAAUGGCACACACAAUUCCUAUUGAUACUUUCAACUACAUUUGUUUAUAAAUGUAUUUUAGAGAUCAGCUUUGUUUACCUAGUGAAAGUCUGAUCAUGGUCAUCCUUCUGUUUCUCUUUGCUAAUUGCCCACUAGUAGUGUGAUAUGAGAGUGCCCAUUGUUUCCUGUGGGUUUUGUUCCUUUUGUUUGACAGAAUUCAUGUUGCUAGUUUGAUCUUGAAGCUGAAAACCUCUGGUGUAAUAAUACAUAUGAUUUAUCUGACAGAGAAAGAGGUAAGGAUGAAAUACUAAAUGUGGGGUUUUUUCUUGUUUCCUAAAGUAAGCUUGGGUGAAAUAAACCUUAUCUCUAUAGAAAUAAAUAUAUAUCUCUAUAGACUUUGAAGACA